AUGGCGAAUUACGACUCGUACAAUUUCAUAGCCAUGAUCACUCCAAGGCCGUUGCUUACGAUUGCCGGAAGCAAGGCAGAUACGUUGAGAUUCAGCCAAGAGGCCAUAGCUUUGGCGAAAGAGCCGAAAGAGUUGUUUGUGAUUUCGAGUAAGACGCAUGCGGAACUGUACGAUGAGAUGGAGGACAGUGGGCCGAAUUUGGUCAGCUUCUUCUCACAGGCUUUGAGUUUCAAAGGCACCGCUUAG